UUUAGCGCCGGGAAGCAGAUGUGAGCUGGAGCUUCCGACCAGAAGCAAAGCGGUGCCUGCAUCGACCACUCCCUCUCUCCCUCCCUCUGCAGCUUCCAAUUCCCUUCUUCCAUGGUCCUAUCCUCCUAAAUGGCGCCGUCGAACCCUCUGGCGAACUGGGAGAAGCUGGGCGAUAGCUUCUACCGAAAGGUGCCCGUCUACGAUGCUAUCUUUGACGAUGACGUCCAAUUAGAGAACUACAUUGUUGUUGGCGCUCCGUACGGAGGGGCUAUCGCCCUACACCGAGAUGAGACCAAGGUGUUCCGGUUUCGGGAUGCCCAGACCGCCAAAACAAGCAUUGACAUCUACUCAUGCUCGGGCAAACAUAUUAACCGAAUAAACUGGGAGUACGGUACGAUCCGUGGACUGGGCUGGUCGGACCGGGAAGAGCUGCUAGUCAUCACCGAAGAUGGUACAGUGCGGCGAUAUUUUGGCCUGCAUGGCGAUUUCACGUCGUUUUCUCUAGGAAAUGGUUCCGAAGAGUACGGGGUCCGGGCUUGUCGAUUCUGGACAUCUGGUUUCGUCGCUCUACUCUCGAAUAACCAGCUGGUUGCUGUCUCAAAUUAUGAUGAGCCAAGGCCUAAACUUCUUGCGCCAUGCCCCGAAGGCGAGGUAUCGUCGUGGUCUUUGAUUCCUCCAGCUUUUACACUCUCUCGCUCGGUUGAGGUGUUGCUGGCGGUUGACAAGACCGUCUACUUGAUAGAUCCAACCGAGGCAGAAGACAAAGUUCUUCAGAAUGGCCCGUUCAAACAUGCUAGCGUAUCCCCGACAGGGAAGUUUGUGGCCCUCAUCACAGCGGAGGGGAAAGUCUGGGUUGUCAGCAGCGAUUUCCAAAGCAAAUACAGUGAAUAUGACCCUGAAUCCCGAGUCACACCGCGGACAGUCGAUUGGUGUGGCGACGAUGCAGUGGUGAUUGCAUGGGAGGAUGAAGUGCACCUCAUUGGACCUAGUGGUGUGGCUGCUCGGUACUACUAUGAUGACACCGUUCAUGUCAUACCCGAAUUUGAUGGCGUUCGAUUGAUCACGAACGAUACGUGCGAGUUCCUACAUAAGGUUACAGAUGUGACAGAAGCGAUCUUCCGGCUUGGAUCUACUUCUCCCGCGUCGGUCUUAUUGGACUCGGUAGAUUUACUGGAGAAAAAGUCGCCCAAAGCGGAUGAGAACAUCCAAAGAAUUCGUCCGAGUCUCCCAGAGGCGGUCGACGUCUGUGUCAAGGCUGCUGGCCACGAAUUUCACGCCUACUGGCAGAAGCGGCUCUUGAAAGCUGCAUCGUUUGGAAAAUCAGUCCUCGAUUUGUAUAACAGCGACGAAUUCGUUGAGAUGACUGAAAAGUUGCGAGUUCUGAAGGCAGUGAGAGACUAUCAAAUAGGUCUCCCGAUUUCUUACGAGCAGUACAUUCGAUUGACUCCCGAGAAGCUGGUUGAACGCUUGGUUAAUCGACAUGAAUAUCUCUUAGCCAUCCGUAUAUCUGAAUACCUUCAACUUCCCGCUGACCGGAUUUACGUUCACUGGGCUAGCCAGAAGGUCAAAGUCUCAACGGUCGAUGACGAAGCGGUCUGCAAGCUCAUUGUACAGCGGCUGGAUGGAAAGCCAGGCAUCUCGUUUGAACUGAUAGCACAAACCGCCUUUGAUGAGGGCCGGUCUCACCUGGCAACCCAGCUAUUGAACCAUGAGCCGCGCGCCGGAAAGCAGGUUCCGUUGUUGCUGAACAUGGAAGAAGAUGAGAUAGCCCUUGACAAGGCUAUCGAAAGUGGAGACAACGACCUGGUUAAUUAUGUUCUCUUACAUUUGAAGAGUAAACUUCCUCUCGCCAGCUUCUUUAGAAUGAUUAACACACGCCCCAUGGCAUCGGCACUUGUGGAAACGACUGCCCGGGAAGAGGAUACAGAGCUGUUGAAGGAUCUUUAUUAUCAAGAUGAUCGCCCUAUCGAUGGCUCAAAUGUCCUUCUCUCGGAGGCAUUAAGCCAGACGGCACUACCGCGCAAGACUGAGAAGAUUCAGCUUGCAUCUCGCCUGCUAACGGACUCGAAAGAUGCGACCGUGGUUUUACAACAGAAACUACUCUCCGAAGCAUCGCAGUUGUUGAAGGUGCAGGAAAACCUGGACAAGGACCUUACCGAUCGAUCGGAAUUCCUCGGCCUUAGUUUGAAUGAGACUAUCUACAGGCUGAUCAGGUCGGGUUACGGCAAGAGGGCACAGAAGCUCCAAAGCGAGUUCAAGAUGCCAGAGAAAACCUAUUGGUGGUUGAGAUUGAGAGCCCUAGUCGCCAAACGAGACUGGGGUGAACUAGAGGAGAUCGGUAAAAACAAGAAAUCGCCGGUAGGAUGGGAGGUGAGCAUUUCCCCCCCUUGUUUUCUAUGAAUGCAUAAGCUCACUGAAAAUGACAGCCUUUCUAUAACGAGAUUUUGGGCGCCGGAAACACAAAGCUUGCUUCACUGUUCGUCCCCAAAUGCACCAACCUGACCGUCGAGGACAAGGUGGAGAUGUGGGUUAAAUGCGGAAUGAUUGUAAAAGCCGGCGAAGAAGCCUUCAAGGCCAAAGAUUUCAAUACCCUUGAGCUGCUCCGUGGGAGAGCUUCCGGACCUGCCGCCUCGGAUAUCGAGCGAAUGAUCAACCAGCUUAGGCCAAGGAAAUAGACGACCAGACCGGUCUGAGAUUUCCUUUGCAUUUGAUAUCCCCGUCUAAAAUUUCAGGUAAUAUCCUCAUCUUCGUCGAUGCCUGCCGGUUCGUCCGCGACAGGAUUCUGGGUCACAAUUGUUUGCUGAGGCUGGGGUUUCCUCGUCUUUGCAGGAGGUCCGGAGUCGUCGACCAUAGCAUCGUCCUCGUCGUUGUCUGCCUCAUUCUCAAGAGCUUGGAAUUUCGACGCUACGGAUUUGCGAUUCAAAUCCUCCCAUUCGCCCUAGAGUGUUAUGCGAUUAGAACAUGCUUCACGGCGGCACCUCGGAGAAUUGACGUCGCUCAUACCCUGCGUGCUUUCACGGCUUUUGCGCGGCUGACACUGUUGGACACCUUCUUCUCCAUCUGAUCCAUAACGCUUUCUGCUCUUUCUAUACCGUUCUGUUGUUUCUGGCGCUGCGCUCGCGACUUGUUCCGAGGCUUCGACUGCUUUUUAGAUACACCGGAAUUUGCGCGGUCGGCAAGAACUGAAUCGCGCGGCAGUGCGGUCUCCUCGACCCGCGGGAGGGACAUAACAGACUUGUCGACAUCAAGACUCGGCGAAGCUGCCCGCCUCGCAGCGCGGGAGUGCUUUGACUGAGCUAGUAAAUUCCAGUAAAGUUAGAGAAGCAAUUCACAAAUAGGACGCCUGUUUUCCAAAUAUAGAUAUAGUCACAAAAGAUCACUCACUUCUCGUCUUGGCCAUGGUUCUUUGUCCACGAGUGAGCAAAAAAGAAAAACAAUGUCCCAGCAGUCUAUGAUGCCGGUAGAAUAUUUUGUUGUGGAGACUUCCGGGC